AAAGUGUGCUAAGUUCACAAAAUUCACACGAAUGACAUUUACUUCAAAAUUAUAUUGGAGUGAACUGUCAUACUGAAUAUUUCGUUGAAUAAUUAGACGAACUGUUGUUGAAAAUGUGGCGAAGUACUCUGAGAAAUCAGUUUCUGAGACAAUGUUUCGUGAAUAACAUUAAUAGGAAGUUUUUAAAAUCGUCCGUCGCAGCAAUAUCACAAGUUCAAAAAAUAGAAACCGAGCAAGUCGUCAAAUCAGGAUCUACAUCACCGGAACCUAUCCAAACCAGUCCAUACUUAUCAGUCGUACCCAAGAAGACUCUGAAUGAACAAUUUCUGUCAUUCGAUGAUAUUCCUGGGCCAAAAAGCCUUCGUAUGAUUUCAAAAUUUUGGGGUAUGAUACCUGUUAUGGGAACCGAACUAACAGUGAGCAUCAUUCAGUAUUUUCUCAGUGGUGGAAAAUUCUUUGGAGGCGUUUUGAGUUGGGGUGGAAAUGCUUCAUUCUUCAAGAAAUUCUUCGAUAUCUAUGGACCAGUUGUCAGGCUUCAUGGUGCAUUCGGUAGUGAUGUGGUCCUUCUCAAGAAACCAGAAGAUGCAUGUGCGAUUUUUGAGAGUGAAGGUAAAUAUCCCAUAAGAUCUUGCUUAGAUUCAAUCGAGAAAUAUAGGGUGGAGUGUAGGAAAUAUACGCAACCAGGGCCAUUUCUAACUCAUGGUUCAGAAUGGGAGAAAGUACGCAAGUCUCUGGAACAACCUUUGCAAACUACGGUUGCCGAACAGCAUGGAAAAAUCCGGAAGAUAUGUGAAAGUUUUGUAGAAAGAAUAACAAUUUUACGGAACAAACAAGAAGAAAUGCCACCUGAUUUCAAAGUCGAAAUAUGCAAGUGGUCUCUAGAAUGCCUUUCAGCAGCUUGUUUGAACAAGGAUUUGGGAUUUUUGAAUCCUCAUUGUCUAAGCCCAACUUCCGAUUCUUCCAAACUACUUGAUGGCUUAUUAGGAGCUACUGAGGCGAUUAGACGGUGCGAAUAUGGAUUCCACUUGUGGAAAUUCGUUGAAACUCCAGCUUGGAAAGUUCUCGUGAAGAACUGCGACAAAAUCGACACAGUCCUGAGCAAGCACGUUGAGGAAGCAAUCACCUCUUUAAAAUACAAGCAAGAUAAAGGUGGCUCUUUAGAAAAAGUCUCAUUCUUAGAGAGCCUAUUUUUGCAUGACGGUAUUAUAAAGGAAGAUGUGAUGACAAUACUGCUGGAUAUGUAUUUGAUUGGUGCUAAUGCUACAGCUCAUACUGCUGCUUUCUUAUUAUACCAUCUCUCAAGAAAUCCACGAUGUCAGAUCAAGAUACAUGAGGAAGUGAGGAAGUAUCCCGAAAAUAUAGGACGGGACGACUUGAAGAAAAUGAAAUAUCUCCAGGCUUGUAUCAAAGAAAGCUUGAGGCUGGAUCCUCCCAUACCAAUCUUGAGCAGAGUUUUAUCGAACGACAUCACCAUUCAUCAUUAUCGUAUACCAAAAGGCACCCACAUUCUAUUCGCAUCCCACUUGAACAAAAUGGGCAAUGAAUAUUUUGAAGAUUCCAGCUGGUUCAAGCCUGAACGUUGGUUUAGUGAUGAACAUGGUGGUUUUGGAAACGAGUAUCAAGCGUUUGCUUCCAUGCCAUUCGGUUAUGGUCCUAGAGCUUGUUUGGCAAAGGAUCUAGCAGAAACAGAGAUAGGAAUGUUGAUCUUCAAAGUGUGUAGGCAAUUCAAAAUUGAGUAUAAUUAUGGGGAUAUCAAAAGUUCCAACGAGUUGUUAGCUUCACCAACCAAAUCUCUCAAGUUCAGAUUUGUCAAACGUGUUUUGUAGGAAUGAUGUUAGUUUGAAAUAAAUAAUAAAUCCAUAAUAUUCUGGAUGUUUCAAUUCAUGUUAUUGUUUUAUCAUGAAUGAUUAUAUCAUAUAUACUUUCUGAAUAUUUGAAUAAAGAAAUGUCACUUACAUCUAUAUAA